AGAUCACCCAUCCACAGGGGAGCGUGUGUAGUAUAGUAAUAGCGUCGUAGCGAGCAGCAUAGCAGCAGCCAGCAGCGGUGCACGCCAGGCCGAUAUUACUACUCCUAUAUGGUGUACAUCGUAGACUCCUACUACGAGAGAGAGAGCGAGCUCGAGUGUCUGUGUGCUCGUGAGUUUGUGCGUGCGUGUGUGCGAGUAAGCAGUAGUAGCGGCCUGCGGCGAAUCCGCGCGCUCGCGUACUCGACGAGAGAGAGACGCUCGUACUCACACACAGACAGAUAUACUAUAUACGGGGAUUGCAGAGAUAGAGCGAGAGCGAGAGAGAGAGAGCAGCGAGCAGCGCGAGUACUACAGCCCAGCAGCACGAGCUCAGUAUAAAGGCGAGGCUCGGCUGUGCUGCUGCUGCUGCCCAGCCAGAUACAGAUACAGCAGCUCUCUCUUUUCUUUCAUGAUCCGUCAGUCACUUAGUUCAGAAUCAAAACGAAAGUAUAUACAGCAUUUCUGCUACCGCUGUACUACAUGAGCUGUCAGUGAGCAGUGUGCAGCUAUACGUGCACGGACAAUUCGUAUAGGUAUAUAAUCAUGGCUGCACUCCGUCAUCGUGAAAAUAUUCGCUGCACGCGGAGUAUGGCGUCGUCGACCGGCGGCGACAGCGGCAUCGUAUUCUUCUCCUCCUCGUCGUCGUCGUCGUCGUCGUUAUUGUUGUACCACGGUAGCAGCGCAGCGGUGCAGCAGCAGCACGAGACGAUCAUCGGAUCGACAGUAGCAGUAGCUGCAGCAACAGCAUCGGCGGCGAUGUCGCCGUCGUCGUCGUCGUGUUACAAUCCGCGCUAUCAUCGGCCAUCGUCGUCACUGCUUUGCAUCAAAGAUUUUAUGUAGGAGGAACUUUACACUGCACGAAAAUAUUAAAGCUUCAAAAUGAGGUCGUUAAUGAAAAGAGGUAGAGGAUUUGAGAACCAAACCUUGGAUAUCAAUAACAAGGGUUGUUUCCAACAAUACGAUGGUAUAGCCUGUGGACGAAUUAGUAUACUAGUUGUACUAAGUCUUGUUACAUUGAUCUUUGUGAUUAUGAAAAUCAUUAAAUAUCACAAGUACAAGCAUUCACCAUUACAACAUUAUGCCCUUUUUUAUUUGGCAGCUCUCCAAUGCAUACUCUGCAUUGUAUGCUUCCUAAUUGGCAAUACAUUUCCACAAUUUUAUUUCAUUUUGAACUUCUUCAAAUUGUAUCAAUUCAUUUCGAUAUGCUAUAUUCACUGGUCCAUGGCAGCAGAAUCUCGACACAGAGAUGAUAUUACUCAACAUGUUAUAAUUCCUGGACUUUUUUUGUAUACUCUAUUCUGCGUUGCAGUUGCUAUAAUGGGAACAGUAGACUACAGUAGUAGUUCUUGGAACAUAUGUUUCAGACCAUUUUGGUUGAUACUCUCAGGAGCAGACUUUAUUGCAGUUCAAAUUUUUGCUAUUGUUGCUCUUUAUCUCACUAGCAAAAAUACACCAUUGGUAGUAUCUGCUUUAAUGAUGCCCUCAACAUCAUCUCAAACUAGAGACUUAUGGCUGAUAACAGCUGUAUAUGAAAUUGCUGCAGUAGUAUCUGUUGUUUUUGAUACUUCUAUGAUAAUGUUUGGUACUGAUGAAGGAGGAUGCAGCGGAGUGUUUUAUCAUGACCAAUUAUAUUAUAGUCCAAUUAUAUUUGUUGCUACUUUAAUCAAGUUCUUUGUGCCAACUUGGACUUUGUUAGGAGUUUUUCAACCAAGCACAGUAAAGUCAAGACCAUCUGAGGUAGCUUUGACAUCACAUUACAACACAGAUGGUUCGUGUCGCAACCAAUUUCACAGAAUGUUUAUGCCUAAUUUCAGUCAAACAAUUCCAUAUCCUGAUAUGAGUUAUCCAACGAGUUCGCCUAUGUUUGGUGCCAUUGGAGAUUUUUCAGACAGUUCACCAGAUUCAUCUCCAGUGAUUCCUCGUUAUUGGACCGGAUUAGAUGACGAUUCUUUUUGUGGUUAUGACAAACAUUUCGUAAAUGUUGAUCAGCACAGAGAAAUGCUAAAUAAUCAGUAUAGGAUGGAGCAAAAUCGACAGAAUCUUGAAAGAAGUUUAGGCUAUGAUCAAGUAGAUAGCUUAAAUUCUGAAAAUAAUUCUUACAACUCUGAUAAAAAGCCAGCUCUUACUACAAUCAAAGAAGAGAAUGUUAGUACGACGGACAACUUACCCGAAUAAACUACUUGCAUGUGGUUUCAAAAUCAAACCUAGUCGUGGAAGGUACAUUUACUCUACUUUGUUUCCGAUAUUUUCUCUCAAGAACAUUAACUGUUCUGCAGAGAAAAUUAUUUUACACAUUCCUUUUGAAAUGAAAACGAAUUGAUUGUUCAAAAAGAAAAAAAAAACAAGCAAGAAACAAUGGCGGUAUUACAAACCAUCCUUCCGAUUACUGUGAUUUUUUGAUGCUCAAAUUUGUCUAACCAAUCAACAAUCAUGAUUACUCACCACCACACAAGUAAGACUACACUUGCUUUGUUUUUGAAGCAAUGCUCAUAACUGAAACGUGAUUGUAUUAUAAACUUUUUAAUUUUUUAAAAUUUCACAGUAGCUUAGAUUUACGAGAAUCUUGACUUUUUACACUUUGUUAGUUUUACAUGAAAUUCAAUCGACAAACUAUUAUAAACUAUAAAAGCAUCAUAUAGUUAAGCAAUUGACGAUUUGUAUAGUAAUUAUCUUACCACAUUAGAUAUCUAAGUAAGCGUGAUAAUUAUUAUUCAAUAAAUUAUUUCAUACGUCAUCGUA